AUGGAAUUUGCUUGCGAUUUUGUCUACGUGUCGCCACCAGCGGCUCCAAAAGACAAUUCGCAGGUCUUCAAACGGUCAGCACUCCUGCCUCCCGUCAACUGGAUCCGUCCUGCCGCAGCACCUCCGCCUCCCCCAGUCAAGUCGGACGAGUCGUGCCCUAAAGUUGGGGAGUGGCCGGACAAGAGUAGACAGCAGGGAAUGGCGGGUUCCAGAUCUCACCACUAUGACAAUGCUUAUUUAGAGCAGCAAUCUUCCAAGCGGUUAAUACCCACCCGAAAGACAGCUUUGCUUCCACCCCACUUGACAUCUGCAUCAAAUAGCCGCUCCCCUUCUCCCAAUCAAACUGCUGACAAGUUUAUCUACGACAACGUGAGACCGGAGUCACUGGAAGGUCACAGCACGCCUGAUAUCCCAGACGGCACUGGACUCGAUGCGAAUUCGUCUGGCCACACGGCACCCUCGGCUCCACCUCUUCCUCCUCGUCCGAGCUUUUUGAAGAACAUGCCGGAGUACUUGGAUCUUCUGCCCGCAUCUUCAUCUCAUGAAGAAACAAUUAUAUGCCCGACUUCUGCACCGCCACCUCCAGCACCCGCAGACGAUUCGAGGCCUCUCCAAGGGAACCCCAACGUGAUUCUGGUCAGUUUGGGAAAGCUGCUGUUGGAGAAAGUGCAGUGCACACAAGGGAAACCCACCUCCUGCUCUCAGUGUGGAGCUGUGCUGUACUCCGCGUACGAUAACGCGAUCAAUGGGUGUUACUUCUGCGAGCAAGGCGCUCUGAGUGUCGGUUUGGAGCACGGCUUGUUCUUGCUCAGGCCCCCCAAAAAGCUCCUGAGCAAUUCCCAGCCUCUGCUCAUCUUCUGUAUCGACAUCUCUGCUUCAAUGAGCAUCACCUCUCAGGUGUCGACGGGAGAGCACUUCAUCCACAGAUCACGUUUGGAGUUUGUCCAGGAAGCUGUUUUACUCUGCGUGAAAAAAUUGAGCAGAAAACAGCCAGACACACCGGUCGGGCUCAUCACCUUCAACUAUGAGGUGACGGUACACGGCUACGGAGAUUUUCCGUCACUCGUCCUUCAAGCGGAUGAAUUAAUAGAUAGCGACAAUCUCAAGGCGGCCGCGUCCGCUUUCGCUACUCCGCCACCGCUGUCAAGCACCAAAGAUUUCCUGGAGCAGCAAGUCACGAGUUUAUCAGCAGAGGGCACCACAGCGCUUGGCCCGGCUGCUCUGGUCGCCAUCACCAUGGCGUCCAGACACCCCGGCUCCAAGGUAAUCAUCUGUACAGACGGCAAGGCCAACACGACGUUAGGGAAUCUAGAAGUGGAGGACAACGACGCGCGGACGCUCUUGUCGUCCACUAUUUUCUACCAGAAAUUGGGUGAACGUGCUGCUCAUCAGGGCGUAACCGUGUCAGUGCUCUCAAUCGAGGGAACCGACUGCCGAUUAGAUGAACUGGGACAACUUGCUGAUCGUACCGGAGGAAAAGUGGUGAUCGCAAAUCCCAGGAUGCUGCAAUCUGAAUUUGAGCAGAUCAUCGACAACAACACCAUAGCUACGCAAUGCACCGUCUCGUUGAUACUGCCCAAAUCACUGCGUAUGAGAGGAGAGAAAGAAGCGGGUCACAAAACAUGUAGAAAAGUGGGAAACGUGCACCCGGAUGAAGAGAUCACCUUCCAGUUCAUGGCCGACGAGGCUGAAGUGUUGUCGCCGGCGUUGGUCAGCACCGUGUCUAUCCAGCUCCAGCUAAGAUACACGCUGAAGAAUGGCCAGAGGAUGCUACAAGUCUUCACCGCAACCCGAAAUGUCACCAACGAAAGAUUGGUGGCGCUGUCCUGUCUGUCGCUGCCCAUCAUCCAGCUCAACUCCUCGCAGGCCAGCGCCGCCCUAGCCGUCCGAGGUCGAUUCCUGGAUGCCCGGCGGGAGAGCGAGCAGCAGAUGAAACUCAUCAAGAGAGUCGUAGAACACAACCGCAGCGCUGAGGACAGGCAGACGUACAAGGAGUGGGUCGACACUAUGGAGCCAUUAUACAACAACUUCCAUAACUUCACAAGGGCAAAGUCUGUCGUCUCCGACUCGCAGUCUUUGACGGACGCUGGCGCGGCGUUGCUGUACGCUAUGAAGCAGAGCAACAGGAAGACCAUCAUGAUAAAGAAUCAGCAGAACCUUCACUUUUCACCCCAUUGGAAGCAGUCCAAAGACUGA